AUGUAGCCAGUCUCCGGGGCAAACAUGGAGCUCGCACUCGCACUCGCACUCGCGCAGCAGCACAACAUCACAAUUCACACAGAGCAGCACUCAAGCCGAGCAUCAGGGCAUGGCGGACCAGCUCAUCUCCACGGCCGUGCACGAGGAGCUGCCGGAGAACUACGUCCGGCCGGAGGCGCAGCGCCCGCGCCUCCACGAGGUGGUCUCCGACGCGCAGAUCCCCGUCGUGGACCUCGCCGACCCCGACCCCGCCGCGGUCGUCGCCAGCAUCGGCGAGGCCUGCACCACCCACGGCUUCUUUCAGGUGCUCAAUCAUGGGGUGCCCGUGGAGCUGAUGGUCGCGAUGCUGGCGGUGGCGUACGAGUUCUUCCGGCUGCCGGCGGAGGAGAAGGCCAAGCUCUACUCCGACGACCCGGGCAAGAAGAUGCGCCUGUCCACCAGCUUCAACGUGCGCAAGGAGACCGUCCACAACUGGCGCGACUACCUCCGCCUCCACUGCUACCCGCUGGAGCAGUACGUCCCCGACUGGCCGGCCAAUCCCCCAUCAUUCAGGGAGAUCGUGAGCGCCUACUGCAGAGAGGUCCGGGCGCUGGGGUUCCGGCUGUACGAGGCGAUCUCGGCGAGCCUGGGGCUGGAGGAUGACUACGUGAAGAGGACGCUGGGCGAGCAGGAGCAGCACAUGGCGGUGAACUUCUACCCGAGGUGCCCGGCGCCGGAGCUCACCUACGGGCUCCCCGCGCACACCGACCCCAACGCCCUCACCAUCCUGCUCAUGGACCAGCAGGUGGCCGGCCUGCAGGUGCUCAACGACGGCCGCUGGAUCGCCGUCAACCCACGGCCCAACGCGCUCGUCAUCAACAUCGGGGACCAGCUGCAGGCGCUGAGCAACGGACGGUACAAGAGCGUGUGGCACCGCGCGGUGUUGAACUCCGACAGGCCGUGGAUGUCGGUGGCGUCGUUCCUGUGCCCCUGCAACGACGUGCGCAUCGGCCCCGCCUUGAGCGUGUUGAGUCCAUCGAUCGCUGAGCCGGUCGUGACGUCUACUUAUGUAGCCAGUCUCCGGGGCAAACAUGGAGCUCGCACUCGCACUCGCGCAGCAGCACAACAUCACAAUUCACGCAGAGCAGCACUCAAGCCGGGCAUCAGGGCAUGGCGGACUAGCUCAUCUCCACGUCCGUGCACGAGGAGCUGCCGGAGAGCUACGUCCGGCCGGCACACAUGCACCACCAGAGCUAGUCUCGUGCACGCACGGCACGGCCCUAGCUACCUCGAUCGGCAGACGGCAGCCAUGCCUGCCAUGGAUGCUCAUCAGGCGGUGACGACCGGCGGUGGCGGCACCGGCGGCUACGUCGAGUUCCUGGGCAAGGUCUGGGGAGCCCUCGCCGGGCUCGGCAAGAAGCUGGCCAAGAUCGUGACGGACGAUCCCAGGCGGGUGGUGCACUCGUUCAAGGUCGGGCUGGCGCUCACGCUGGUGUCCGUGCUCUACUACGUCCACCCCAUCUUCAACAACUGGGGGCUCUCCACCCUCUGGGCUGUGCUCAUCACCGUCGCCGUCGUCAUGGAUUACACCGUCGGUGGGACGCUGAUCAAAGGCCUGAACAGGGCGACGGCAACGCUGGUCGCCGGGUUGAUCGCCGUCGGGGCUCACAAGGUGGCCAACCUGGGAGGCAGCAAAGGGGAGCCCAUCAUCAUACUCGCAAUCUUCGUCUUCCUCUUAGCGACGGCGGCGACGUUCACUCGGUUCAUCCCGGCGGUGAAGGCGUGGUACGACUACAGCGUGACCAUCUUCAUCCUGACCUUCAGCAUGGUGGCGGUGUCGAGCUACCGGGUGGAGGAGCUCAUCCGCCUCGCGUACCAGCGCUCCUUCACCAUCUUCGUCGGCGUCGCCACCUGCCUCUUCACCACCAUGUUCGUCUGCCCGGUCUGGGCCGGCGAGGACCUCCACAACCUCGCCGCCGAGAACCUCGACAAGCUCGCCGAGUUCCUUGAGGGACUGGAGUCCGAAUGCUUCGGGGAGAACGCUCCCGGCGAGGAUUUGGAAAGCAAACCGUUCCUCCAAGUGUACAAGAGCGUCCUCGACUGCAAGGCCACCGAAGACUCUUUGGCAAAUUUUGCCAAGUGGGAGCCAGGUCAUGGCAACUUCUACUUCCGGUACCCAUGGGGCCAAUACCAGAACAUCGGCGCCGUUGCACGCCAGUGCGCUUCCUCAAUGCAGACUCUUGCUUCCUACAUCAUCACACUCAUAAAAGCUCAGCGUCCUGAAACGAAUUUGGAGCUAUGCUCGAAGGUUCGAACAGCAUGCGGUGAGAUGAGCUUGCACUCGGCCAAGGCGCUCCGGGCGCUCUCAGCGGCGAUCCAGGCGAGGACUGUGCCAUCCCCGGCCAUGACUCACAUGACUGCAGCGAUCAGAGCGGCGAAAGGCCUCAAGGCCGAAUUGUCGCAGGACGAGGAUCUGGCCAAAGUGAUGCAUGUUGCUGGCAUUGCAUCUCUCCUCUCAGAAGUGGUUUCUCAGACAAAGAAGAUCACAGAAUCUGUUGGUAACCUAGCGAAAGUUGCCGGCUUCAAAAGCCCUGAUGAGAACACUGAUCAGAAGGAUGUGGUUAUUAUUAUAGAUGAUUUAAAAGUUAAUGGUCCAACAUCACCUUUGCCAGCAUCUCCACCUACCAAAAAGCCAGCAGUACCUCGUAUGGUCAACACACAUAAAAACGCUCCAUCCGUAGACAUCGACAAGUUUUCAAACGUAUUGAAGAAGAAGGCUUCAUCUUCUGGUGAAAAAUAUAUCACUCACAGCGCCUUUCCGCAAAAGGAAAAGGAUCAAAACCUCAAUUUCUUUGCGUCAGAUGAUGUUCCAAUGGAUUAUGAGCAUGGCAAACCAUUCUUGUAUCAGUGGGAGCCGCUGAAGGGCCCAUGGGAACUUAUGCAUGGAUGGAUCAUGAAUGCAAUGAAGCAAGACAUUCAAGCAAUCACCGCGCAUGUCCCAACUAAGGUUUUUCUUGGCGUUCUCCCAUACCAGAUUGUGAUCGAUUUUGAGGAUUUAUACAGACUUUACCAUCGACAACACCUCGACGUGAAUCUCAUUUCCGUAUGGUGCUUGAUGCAAUGGAGGGAGGAAGAAUUGGCGCACGGUAGGUUCAAGGUAGCGUACCUUGACCCAGCACGAAUAAGCGAGCCAGAGCACAAGCUCAAAAUGACGGAAACGAUCAAAGCACAAAUAGAAGCAGCAGAGACACAAGCAGAGAAAAAUGCUAUAAAAAUAAAAGCCCACAGAGAUGAAAUGCACAAAGUAUCCAUAUACAUUGCAAAAGUAAUGCAGAAAAAGGCUGACAAGGAUUAUAUCAUGGCUCCUUACUGUUUUGAUGACCAUUGGAUUUGCAUCAUUAUUUUACACAAGUUAGGAGAAGCAGUGGUCCUUGACUCAACCAGCUAUCAUAGAGAUAAGUACAAGGAUUUCAUAGACAUUAUACAAAAUGCGUACCAGCUUUACAUACCACAAGAUGGGGUCACAAAAGCUAUGAAAAUAAUAUAUCAUAGAUUCUGCCACAAGCAACCUCCUGGCUCUGUGUUAUGCGGAUAUUACGUGUGCGAGUUCAUCAGAAACAAUGGGAGGUACCGGACAAACCCUGAAGACAUGCCUACCAUCGACAGUAAUUAUAGCAAGAUCGAAGACAAACAAAUCGACAACAUUUGUACAGAUAUGGCGAGGUUCAUCUUACACGAGAUUUGUCACGAGGAUGGAGCAUUCUUUGAUAAAGAUGGCGUGUUGAUGGCAGACGAGUGCACAAAUCUUCGUAGAUGGGCGUAGUACUUUUAAUAUUAGCGUGGCAAAGAAUAGCUCUAUUCUAAAUGUUGGAUUUUAAAAAUGUGAACUAUAUGUACAAUGCAGUUUUUAAUAAUGUGAAUUAUUUAUUAUUCA